AUGCAGGCACCUGAGUCACCACUCACCUUCCACCGCGGUCGCCCGUCCUCGACCGCGUCGGGCGAGCAUGCCCCGCCGCUGCGGGGCAGGAACCACAUUGAUGAGAACACUUCGACGGCCACACUAACGUUCGAGGUGCUCAAGCUGAGCAUCCCGCUCGGUCUGGCGGCGGUGGCACAAAACUCCAUGAGCGUGGUGUUAGUAGCCAUGGUGGGCAAAAUGGUCGGGGACAGGGAACUCGGCGCUACGGUGCUGGCGAACAGUCUUCUGAACGCGACCGCCUACUCUUUGUCGUCAGGCCUCUGCGGGGCGCUGGAGACGGUUCUGUCCCAAUCGUACGGCCGGGAUCCGACGAGUAAGCUGUACGGGGUUCAUGUGCAGCGUAUGUUGCUCAUACUGGUAAUCGUUGCCACCCUUGUCGGGCCUGUGUUGGCGUUUUCGGACUCGCUGCUGAUCUCCAUCCGGCAAAAUGCCGAGGUGGCGCUCUUUACAGGCCAGUUUUGCCGCAUCUCCCUCUUCGGCGUCUACUCGCUCAUGCUGCUGGAGGUGAUGCGGCGCUACUUUGCCUGCCAGCACCUGAACACGCAGCUCUCCGUGAACCUCAUCAUCGGCGCUGGAUCCUUUCCGUUUGUGCUGUGGGCAUGCAUCAAUGUGUUGAGCUACCCCGGCGCGGCGGUGGCGUGGUCGCUGCUCAUGAGCUGCAUGCCCGCCACCCUCAUCCUCUACCUUUUUGUGACGGGCAAGUACAAGAAGACGUGGGGUGGGUGGGAGCCAGCGGCCCUGACGAACUGGGGUCCGCUGCUGAAGCUUGCCUUUCCAUCCAUGGCGAUGAUGUUGAGCGAGUGGAUGUCGCAGGAGGUCAAUCUCAUUGUAGCCGGCUACGCCCCGAUCAAUGAGCUCGAUGCGUUUAGCAUACUUCACCAGUUCUCCACUAUCUUGUGGAGCAUGGCCUCUGGUGUCUUCAUCGAGGCGGCGGUGCUCGUCGGCAACGCGCUCGGCGAAAGGAAACCGCUAUUCGCGCGGCGGUGUGCACUGGUGUGCCUCGGGCUCACAAUCUUGUUCGCACUGGUGAACCUUUCUGUGACGCUGCUGCUGCAGAACUGGAUUCCAACUCUCUUCAGCAACAACACGGCGGUGCACGCGCUGUUCCGCAAGAUGCUCAAGUUUUAUGUGGUUUACCACCUCUUGGACAGCUUUCAGAGCUGCAUGAUGGGCGUGCUGCGCGGGUGUGGCUUGCAGUUACUGGGGGCCAUGUCCAUUGCGCUGGUCUACUCCGUCGUCGGCGUUCCAGUUGGCAUCAUCGUAUUUUUUACAACCUCGAUGGGCGUCGAGGCUUUGUGGCUGGGGCCGUGCCUUGGCCUCAGCGUUGUAGGCUGCCCACUAUACGGCUAUCUCUUGAUGUACUACAUCAACUGGGAGAGCCUGCAGCUCCACGCGGACGAUGUACCAAGCUUCAAUGCUUCGAUGCACGAGCACUCAACGGGAGUCUUUACCAGAACCUCGUCACUGUCUCUUUCAAGGUUCGACCUUGACGUUAUCAGAAGCGAGGACGAGGAGCUCCGUUCCGAAGGCAGGACGGUGCGCCUCUGCCGCGGUAGUCGUCACGGUACGCCGGGACUCGGUUCGCUGUCGGAGACAGGUUGCCAUACCCCCAACCCCGCCGGUCCCCUUGGCUUCAUGGACGACAACGCUUCCUUCACAUCAUUCAACGUGAUAGUUCCGAACCGGUCUAGCGCCGGGCAGCUGCCGCUGCCCGCCGAAAAUGUAUCCGAUGAGUACGACGCGGCAGCUGCACCUGAGCCACACCGCAACGUUUCUUCGUACGAUGGUUGGGCAGGGCCACUGCCUUAUCGCACGGGGCUGAUCAGCAGAUCGGCGCAACGCAGCACCGCCAGUAGCCGCAGCCCUUCCGCGCAGCGGAACUCUGUUAACACCGACGAGGCCCGUUGA